CUAUGGAUUGUUUACUAGGGCAUGGAGUAGCUCUUGGUCGGCUAAUUCCUCUCAUAAAGAAAAAUCCAAAUUACAGUCAUUGCAAAUGGAUUCAAGUUGUCCAUACUGCCCCUGAAGAAAUUGGCAUGCACAAAAGCAUUUCUGAAGGUCAACAAAUGCAGCAAACAGAAAUAGAACUAUGUGAAAUGGCUGAUCAAGUUGUAACAAUUGGACCCAAGCUAACUGAUGCAUAUAAGCGCCAACUCAGAAAACAAGACGUUUUAACCUGACGCCAAGCAUUUUCACUGAAUUUUCAGGUGUGCAGCACGCAAGCGAGGAAAGAAGAAGAUUUUGUGUCUUAGUUACUGAGAGUGGUGAUAGUGAAGAUUUUUAUGUCAAAGGGUACGACAUUGCAGUGAAAGCUAUUGCUGAGCUAAAGGAUAAAUCUUACCAACUCAAGUUUGCUUCCAAACAGAGAGGAAAAGAAGAUGAAUUAGCAAACAAGUUACUUCAGUGUGGUAUUGGUUGUAAUCAGCUAAUGAUCUGCAGCUUUGAUGAAAACAGGGAAACAUUAGCCAACUUAUUAUCUGCUGUGGAUAUUGCUAUAUUGCCCUCCAAAACUGAGGGAUUUGGGUUGAGCGCUCUAGAGGCCAUAUCUGCUGGUCUUCCAGUACUUGUCAGUGGUAACUCAGGAAUUGCAGAAGCCUUAAGGAAGGUGCCUAAUGGGUCACAGUGUAUAGUGGAUUCAGAGGAUCCUGCAGACUGGGCCAGAGCAAUUAAGGCUGUGCGUUACAAAGAAAGCAAUGUACGACUCGCAGAGGCUAGGAUUCUUCGUGAAAACUAUUUGCAGCAGUUCAGCUGGGAGAAGCCCUGUAAUUCCCUUGUUGAAAAGAUGUACAGUCUUGCAUUUGGUAAGUUUUCUUAUCUUGCAUCAAGGAUGCAGAAGUUUUGAUCAAAUUUGAAAUAAUGACAAAGCUUACAUGUUCUGUGUUAAAUAUUAAAUUUACAGGUUAGCAGUUGUUUCUAAAUACUAUAGGGCAGUAGUCAUAUGAAAUGUUACAAGUUUACAUUUAGGAAAACUGGUAAUCCAAGGCUAUAAGUUGGUGGUAAUGGUCAUUGUUGUUUACAGUAAUAACAAUUUGUGUACUGCAUUUGUACUAUUAAAUUGGAUGAUUGCUGACUGUGCUAUUUGCUUUGAAGGAGCACUAGUGUAGAAGCCCUCUAAUAAUGAGGACCUACAAGCAGCCUUCAUCCAAUAUAUUUGAAGUUUAAUGUGGUAUUAUUGAUUCAAGUGGAUUUGAAGUAUAAUUUUUAACUAUAUCACUUGUCAUUUCCUUGUAAACAACCUGCAUUUUAUCAUAUAUUCCAACUGCAUUUUCCAACUCCAUUGAAAAAAAUUCACAUGGAACUAACUGCAACUGAUAGUGAACUUUUCAUGCAAUUCUCCUAUGUCACAUGUUAAUUCCUUGUAAACAACCUGCAUUUUAACACAUAUUUCCACACAGAGGGCAAAGUCCAGAUGGGCAACAACCAAUCAAGGAGCCCUCUUUGAAAUAUUAUCCUUUUCUCUUGUUCAGUGUCUCUUCACUUAUUCAAGAUUGCAAUAUAUCUUUGGUUAGGUUCUAUUGGAGAUACAACAGAGUUUCAGUUUGCUUUCUGCAGUAAAAUUGGGUGGAAUUCUAUUUUUGGAGCCACUAACUGUAGAUGAAUAAUUUUAAUUUUCUCUCUGUUAGAGGAACGGCAGUAAGUGUGGUCUCUUUUGCAACUGUUAUUUAGUCUCGUCACGCAAUGCGCUCUCUCAAACAGGGAAUAGAGGGUGUUGUGUGAUGAGACCAAACAUCUUAUAAAAUAUUUGUAAAGGGUUUUGGAUGAAAUCCAUCAGCCUUUCAACAUGAAGUAUGGUAAGGUACAUGUCAUUAAGGGAUGGUCCAGUUUUUUCCCAAGAUUGAUUAAACUUGUCUCAUGAAUGAACUCUUGCUGACCACAGUAUGUAAACUAUGCCGAUAUAAGAAGUAAUUUGUUUUCGAGACAUUUCACUUAAUGUUUUGUUCUUCUUAAACAUCUCUCCCCAGUAACCUGUUAUCUUUUCUAUUUAGACAUCUGGCUCAAUAUUUUCCUUUCCAUAGGGCUGUAUUUGUCUUUCCUUAGUUAAUUAAAUUACAAACAUUUAUCAAAGAUUAAUUGGCAAGGCUCUUGUUGGAGAGGCUAUGAAAGAAAAUUUCCAAUAAUUUUUGUAUGUUGGGUGUUUUUAAAAAUAGUUUGAGGUAUGUUUAUGGUUUAAAAUGUUUUUCCUCUUGUAAAUCUGAUUUUAGAUGCUUUAUCCUCUGAAUUCCACUCCACAAGUUCAAGCAGUGAAAGUCCACAAAAAAAAGAACAAUGGGAAAAAAGUGAACAGAAGACAAAGAUUAUGGAGGCAGUGAAAUUGGAAGGUGAAAAGUAAAUUAAAAACUUGUAUUAAAUUAUUAUGGAAAGCUUUUGUGAACAGUAAUAACAAUUAUGUGAUAAUAAUGGGGCAUCAAUAAAUUAAUAUAAUUGUACACAUUUCUACUUAUUUCGACAAAACAUCUGAAGAGAGGCUGUGAAUGCUAAUCUCUCUCCGCAUUUUUACCCGUAGGUACUUCACCUCUCACUGUAGUAUCUACCACUGGUCAUGGAAAAGAACUAGAAGAACCAUGGCGAGGGAAAGGAGAAAAAAGUGAACAGAAGACAAAGAUUAUGGAGACAGUGAAAUUGGAAGGUGAAAAGGAAAUUAAAAAAACUUGUAUUAAUUUAAUUAAGUUAAUAUGGAAAGCUGUUGUGAACAGUGAUAAAAAUUAUGUGACACAUGUUCGAAGAAUUAGCUCAAUGCAAUGAUGUGGCAUAAAUAAAUUAAUCUAAUUGUACACAGUUCCACUAAUGAGAAUAAAACAUUUGAAGAGAGGCUGCAUUUUUACCCUCAGGUACUUCACCUCUCACUGUAGUAUCCACCACUGGUCAUGGAAAAGAACUAGAAGAACCUUGGGGAAGGAAAGGUGAACUUAUUUUUAAAGUUAAUGUAAUUGAAACAUGGUGCUCAGCUAUUAAUCCAAGUGCAAAGUUGUAUUUUAUUGAAAGUUUUUGACUGUUUAGGGUUCUUUAUGUUGGUUGAGUUUUUCCCUUUGUUAUUGGGGGAAAAAACCCACUUUUAGGUUGAUUUAGUUGAUAUACUCUUUAAACUGAUAUCAAACCACCUUGAAAUGAAUAAAGAGAUGUGGAGUUUACUACUUUCAGUUGUUUUUUGCUGACUCAUUGAAGUCUAGCAUGGGUUCCAUUUUGGGUCCAGUUCCCCCAUCAUGGUCCCAAAAUAGGAAAACAACAUAGCAAAUCACUGACUUGUUGUUUUGAUGCAAAUGAUAUUGAAGAAGUGGAACAAUUCAUAGAUGCGUAAAUUGUCCAAAAAAAGUUGUAGGAGUGAAGCUAAGAAACUUCAGGAAAAAAAAGGAGAAAUGAAUACAAGAACCUGAAUGCGGUUUUUAGUCAUCUUUUGAAAUCGAAAUGAAUAAAACAUAAUACACAUGUAGACUGAAUACUUUUUCAACAGUUUUCUUUUUUCGGUUGUAAAGCAUCUUUGUUCAAAUACAAGCAAUCUACUUUUACUUUUGAAAAAGUAAAUUCAAACAUUUUCAACACUAGGUAAUCAUCACCGUGAUGAUUAAAUAUUUUUAGCCAUGUAAAUAGCUCAAUGGCAUUAAAUGUUUUGAUAUUUUUUUCCAGUAAAUACUUUUAAGAGAAAUGAUUCCUUAUCUGAGAUAUUAACACAGUAAAUGGUUUGAACCUAGGGGUAACAUGUAAUAGUGUAGUUUGAUUGUCCAGGUGAGUGUAGUCCUGAGAAGGACUGUUGUCAGUAAUGGUGACUGACGUUUUGACAACUUGAGCAGAAGUCAUCAUCAGAGUCAAGUGAAAGGUUGUUGUCAGUCGAAUGUACUUAGUCCAGUUUUUGUUUGAGGAAAGGCGAUGUCAACAAUCACAUCGCUGAACAUCACCGACUUAUGAACCACACUAUUGACUGGGACUCUGUGCAGUGCCUAAACUACAGCACCAACUACUUUCAACGACUGGGUGGAAACAAACAAACAUAAGUAAACUCUUUCGUCCAAUCACUUAAUCAGAUGUGCUCUACUUUGCGUAAUGUCCACCUUCACUAACAGAUCCAAACCAACCAAUCACGACUGACCUACGCCACUUGAGUUGUACAGCCAAUAACAUCAUGGCAAAACUGACCAAUCAGUUUACACAAACCGGACUAAGUACAUUCGACUGACAACAACCUUUCACUUGACUCUGAUGAUGACUUCCGCUCAGGUUGUCGAAACGUCAGUUCACCAUUACCAAAAACAGUCCUUCUCAGGACUGCACUCACCUGGACAAUCAAACUAUACUAUUACAUGAGAUAUUAACCUUUUUCUGUCUUUACUUUCAUCCAUAAAUACUGUUAAAUGUUCUCAGCUAUUAUUCAGCAACUUAGUUUUGGUUAGGAACAUAUUUUCAAUUCAGGUUUGCCUCUAAAUCCAUAAUUUCAGUAAAAGGUAGCAUUAGAUUAACUGUGGCAUGUGAUAUUGAAGAAUUACUUAAAGAUAGCUAUUUCAUUGUUCUCUCCCUUGACCUCUACACAUGUUAUUAUGCUUUAAAUUUUUAUAUCAGGUGAGGCACUAAGUGCUAAAUAUAUUUCUGUGUACCUUUGCUCUCAGGAAGUUUUCCUGUCCUUAAAUUUUCGACAUAUUAUCUUGAGGUAUUACCAGCUGAACUAAGCGAUCAGCUUCAGAGGCUCAGAAUGGAAGGUGAAUAUAAAAUGUUUAUUGAUUCAUUAUCAGAGAGAAAUAAAUCCAAGCUUGCUAUUAAAGGCUUUCACCCCUGUAUCAAAAUAUCAUUUUUCAAGGGAAAUUAUUCCUUAUUUAAAAGAACCUGUAGUCUGAUUUUAUUACUAUUGAUGAAUACUUCCACUCUUUAUUCAAUUCAUUUAUUUUCAAGGGAAACUAUUCCCAGGUAAAGAUGAUCCCUCUUCCUUUAUACUUUUGGCUAUUACGUAAAGUGUUAGCUUUUAUAUGAAAUUUUUCUUAAUUUAGUUUUUGCUAAUUCUGUGCUGUGGUGAAAGGGAGUAUUAAGUUGGCUGUGGCUUAUUAUGAUGAGACAAUUUUUCUAAAUGGUUGAUUUCAACUAUGACCAUAGGAGAUUAAUCAGAAAACUGACACUAUAACUGUGCUAUCACAUGACCCCAACACAAUGUACAGUGCUAGUUAAAUGCCUGUUUUUUAAUCAUUUAUGUGAAAUAAGGCACAGAAUGCUAAAUACAGUGUAUCCUUCUGUUUACCUUUCCUUUCAGAUACUUUUUUCUACCCUGCACUCUUAACCUCUGAACUUGAAGAAAAACUAAAAGAACUACUCACAGAACUUGAGCGACAAAGAGAUAAAGGUGAGUAAAACAUGUGUAUUGGCUCCGUUGAACAGGGCAAAAGAAAUAUGGAAAGUGAUGCAAGGAAAUGGUUGCACUAGUAUUUUAGGCUUGUUUUUCUAAGUAACAAGCUGAAAGGUUUUAGUUUGUCAUAUAGGACUCCUAAUUAUAUUAUCUUCCCUCAAAUAUCUAAGUCCUGCAUGCAACUUGCAAAACAUCUCCACCACUCAUUACAUGUUAAAACAUGGAAUGAACUAACCCCUCCUCUUAUAUAAUGCUAUCAACCAAGAAUGCUGUUAAAUGCUUUAAACCAUUUUGCUACCUUCUCUCAGGUAGUUUACCUCCCACUAUUUCCACCAUUGAAGUAGAAGUAGACGAACUACUCAAGAAAUUUCAGAAAUGGCGGAUCGAAGGUGAAUAAAUAAUGCACAUUUAGAGAGAAAAUAAUUGUAGUAGAAUGCUAUUAAAAUAUUUCCAGUUCCUUGUAGAAUUACAUUACCGCUCGUGUAUACAUUAACCAAAAAACGCGAAUAAAACGCGCCAAAAAUCGCAUGCAAAUGCAAUUUAAAAAAAUGUGCGCGUCAAAAAAUUUGCACAUGCGUGCAUAAGCUCGAUACGUCUGCCCGUUAGUAUAUAUGAGGUAAUCCUUUUGUUUUUCUGUUGUUGGCGGUUUACCGUUUUAAAGAAUAGGCUAAAUAGAAAAACGAAAAGAAGAAAAUAGAAAAUAGAAAUAAUAGAAUAGAAAAACAAAAUGAUUACCUCAUUUAUUCUAAAGAGGUAGACGUAUCAAGCUUAUGCGCGCACGUGCGAUUUUUUGACGUGCACAUUUUUUUAAAUUCGCAAUUGCAUGCUUUUUUUGGCUACAAUGUAACAGGACUAAAAUACUACACUGCUACCAACGACAAGAAAACUCGUUCGUUUCAAUCACCGUUCUAACCGACCUUCCCGAUAUACUGUUACAAACUACUGCGACUUCGUAAUAGGAAUAUACGAAUGAUUUAUCAUUUUCCAACGGAAUUCUUUAAUCAAAAUUUGUCACUUCGUAUAAAAAAAACAUCCGUCACAACGGCCUUUAGAAUUCGUUCUCGGUGUAUUGUAAUUCGGUAGAAUCAGCUAAAGCGUCCGUUUGUAACUAGUUGUCGCAUUCUUAAUGCAAACCCACGCGUGAACGUUUAGUUCAUAGCUUUAUCAUCGGUGACCAUGCUAUUCUCGAAAACUGGUUUAUUCAUCGCGCCUUUUAUACAAUAUAAGUUCUACUAGCUCAUUUUAAUGGUGUUGUGUUACAGUAUGGUUACCUGUCACGACUACGCCUUGUUCUUAUCCAUAUGCAUAUCUUUAUUGGAAACCGGAUUUACUUCUUGUUUUAAAAUUUGUAAAAUCAUCGAGCGAUGUUCACCAAAUUGCUCAUAAAAGGGAAGGGAAAAAUUAAAUGCAGGAUACAUUUAGUUCAAGUUUGUAUAAGACUCGCAGACGCCUGCAAUUGGACAAAACAUCAAUACGGCGAUACUUAUGUCCGUCAACACGGUAAUCCAGGACUUUUGGAAAAUUGGUGGCUCCUAAAGGAGCCGUUUUUUCAUUAAAGGAAGCUGUUACUAGGCUCUUCCUUCGCGUUGGACUGCAGUAGAAGUAACUUUCGGAGGUGGCUAAUGUAUUUAUAGCACUCAGCAGCAGUCCCAGAGUCCCUGAACCGAUGGAUGCCCGCGACAAGUUCGUCCUUGUUAGUUGGCUUGACAACGCGACGCAAGCGAAUGUUUUCAGUUCGUGUCAGGGGAGCUUUAAAGGAUUCAUGUCCGGGCUUUCAGUAGGAGUAGGCCAGUAUUUUAUGUUAUUAUCUUCGAAUCUUCGUCUUUGACAUUGCGAUUUACUAUAACUUGACCUUUCAUUGUAGUAAUAUAGUGCGCUCCGCAACCAAACAAAUCAUCACGUGCGAUGCGAAAUGAAACUGUUUACAUUUCUGUGCGACCGUGCGCGCAAUACAAUCGUAUAUGCGCGUCUGACUACCCUGAGUCUGAGCGUACGUAAUUCGUCUGCGCAGUUAACAUAUACGCAAGCAGUACUGUAAAAUUUUUUCCAGGGAACUCCUGCAUAUGCAGCCUUCUACUGCAGUAAUUAUUGACCAUUGCUAUGCUCAUUGGAGGCCUUAUACAUCAGCUAUGUUCCUCCAUUGGCACCCAGCACUUAGGUGGAGACUGUUUUCACGAAUGGUAAAUCCUGGCAACCCAGGCAUCAGCCGUCAUGUAGCAAGAAGAAAACCUCCCAUUGCACUGGAAAAUAAAAAUUGUAGAAGAAAAGGAACAAAAUACCAGGGAAAAGUGAAUUUCGUCGUAGUGCAUGUUAAAAGAAUAUCUGACUUCUUAGGAUAAGCUCAUUCUGGUCCUGGAAACUUUCAAAUUUUGCUACAUAUGCAAAAUUACAGGUACUGUUUCAUGUUAUGCACAGUUGGCGUGGUGCGCGCGUGCAGUGGUUUAGAUCUGCAUAAGUGUCAAGUGCGCGGUAUUGUAGUGGAUACUACUAGGGCUUUUUAUGAGAUUGCCAAGGCGUUUUUGAUUGUAUCCAUUUACACCCUUCAGUUUGUUAAGGCACUGCAAACUUUAUUGUCCGGGUCAAAGCUGUAACACAGUGUACACAUGCAGUUUGUAACUUGGAUUUUGUUACUUGAACGUUGAAGAGCCUUUGUGGAAGCUACCUUAGAGUUACAAUAAUCACAUGAGCUACCUGACGUUAUUAACUUUACCAUAUACUAUCGCUGGCCAUACCUGUGGGUAAUAUGAAGAGAAUCCUGUGUUGGGAUUGACUAUCUAAGCUUCCCCCUUGGGAUUGCCCGCUUAGAUUCCACACAAGAAAAACACUGCGCCAAGGUGACUUACAAAUCUCGGUGAUGGAGGUGGAAGAAAAGGGACAGAAGACUGUCAAAACAAAGACAUCAUGAAUGACUCGCGUGGGUUUAUUGUGCUACAAACACAGUUGGCUUUCUUUCCGUGCUCCUGAAAUAAACAAGUCAUUCUUGAUUCUUAAUAAAGUGAAAUCUUUUUGAGUUUUAUGGACCUCGAGCUCGUCUUGGUCCAAUAUUCAGCCAUCUUGACCUCAUGCUUGGUUAACAAAAUACACACACAGACACACACACACACACACACACGCACACGCACGCACACACACACACAUGUAUAUAUAUGUAUAUAAUUGCUUAGUCAGUAAACCUUAGUACAUGUAGGAGGGUCUCAAUGUAGUUAACCGUAAAAUGGCAAAAAAAAUAGCCGUUAGGCAUAAAAAUUGACAAAUUUCAACUGUCAGUCGUCAAAAUGGUCAACUGAAAAAAUUUUUCUUUGAUCUUCUGAACAGAUUUUCGCAAGAUUUUCAUUGGAGGGGCUAUGAAAGAAAAAAUUUCUAGUUUUUACAUGUUGGGUGUUUUUAAAAAUAGUUUGAGGUAUGUUUAUGGUUCAAAAUGUUUGUCAUCUUGUAAAUCUGAUUUUAGGUGCUUUGUCCUCUGAAUUCCACUCCACAAGUUCAACCAGUGAAAGUCCACUAACAAAAGAACAAUGGGAAAAAAGUGAACAGCAAACAAAGAUUAUGGAGACAGCGAAAUUGGAAGGUGAAAAGGAAAUUUAAAAAAACUUAUAUUAAGUUAUAUGGAAAGCUGUUGUGAACAAUAAUAACGGUUAUGUUAUAAGUACUUGAAGAAUUAUCUCAGUGCAAUGAUGUGGCAUCAAUUAAUUAAUAUAAUUGUACACAGUUCCAAUUAUGAGAACAAAACAUCUGAAGAGAAGCUGUGAAUGCUAAUCUCUCUCUGCAUUUUUACCCUUAGGUACUUCACCCCUCAUUGUGAUACCGACCACUGGUCAUGGAAAAGAACUAGAAGAACCUUGGGGAAGGAAAGGUGAACAGGAUGCUCAGUUUGAAUUAUUUUUGAAGUUAAUGUAAUUGAAACAUGUUGCUCAUUAUGUUCAGCUACUACCAGUAAGCCAAGUAAAAAGUUGUAUUGUAUUGCAAGUUAUCAACUAUUUAAUGUUCUUCAUGUUUGUUGAGUUUUUCCCUUUGUUUUUGGGAAAAGUACCCGCUUUUAAGUGGAUUUAGUUGAUCUACCCUUAGAACUGAUAUCAAACCACCUUGAAAUGAAUAAAAAGAUGUGGGGCUUACUGCUUUCAGUUGUUUUCGCUGACGUGUUGAAGUCUAGCAUGGGUUCCAGUUUGGGUUCAGUUCCCCCUAACAUGCUCCAAGAAAAAAAAGAAAACAACAUAACAAAUCACUGACUUGUUGUUUUGAUGCAUUGACAUUGAAGAAGUGGAAGAAUUCAUCCGUGCGUAAAUUGGCCUAAAAAGCUUUAGGAGUGAAGUUAUGAAACUUCAGGGAAAAAAAAAAUGAGAAAUGAAAAAAGAACGUGAAUGUAGUUUUAGUCAUCUUUUACAAUAGAAAUUACUGUUAUUAAUAGGCAAGAAUGCUUCUGUCAGCAAUUAUGAUAAAUGAUACUUGUCAAUGCAAAUUAUUUGAAAUGUGUUUCUGCCUCAUUCUCUUCUCUAGUUAAAGGUAGUGCUGAGUUUCCUUGCAAUAAAUUAAGGAAAUGUUACAUACAUGUAGAGUGAUUACUUUUUCAAUUGCUCUCAAUAGUUUUUUUUUUCGGUUUUAAAGCUUCUGUUCUUAAAUGUAGAUAAUCUACAGUGUACAUGUACCUACUAGUAUCUUUAAAUGCAAGUUGGUAGGCCUUUUCCCAACUAUUAAUUAGUAGAAAUGGUAAUAUCUCUCUACAUACCUUUGUUUUUAGGCAUGUUGCCUCUUCCUGGAUCUCUCACCUUUGAUCUUGAAGAAAAACUAGAAAAGCUUUAUAUGAAACUUCUAACGAUAAAAGGUGAAGUAAAAUAUGCUGUUAAAUUAAAUUUCAUGGCAAAUCUAAACCAAGAAUGCUUUUAAAUACAUUUAGUUCUCAUUCAAAAUAUUUUUUUGAAAGGAAAUUUCACCCGAUUUAGUUUUCCCUCACUCUGUGUUUUGCUAGAAGGGAAUAUUGAGAUGGUAGAGGCUGAGGAUAGUGAAACAGUAUAUAAUGAUAAACUAAGUUUUUUCGGUGUUGAUCCUAAAUUACGCCUUAAAAAACCGACAAUUAGGUAAUUUAGAUAGAUUUUGUACAUCGUAUACAAUCAGUUAAUCGCAUGUUGGUUUGACCUGUUAUCGUGUCACUAUUAAAAGUAACACCAUGAGUUGCACUUUGUACCCUACCCCUGAGGGUUGACUCCAUUACUACGGACACCCUAGCGGGGAGAUUUAGUUUCUGUAAUAGCGAAGAGUCUGUAAUAACGGGGUAUGAGAGAUAAAAUAAAGUUUCCAACGUGGCCUCACAAACGGGAAAAAGAUCAGGCCGCAAGCAGGAAAUUCUCAUGUUCACACCCAAUUGAAGAAUGGUUUCUUUAUUUUCUUUUUUCAUAAUGUCGCUUUAUAGUAUGUUUGUCAGGAUUUUGGAUGAAGUAUUAAGUGUCUGUUAUAGCGAGAGAAAGAACAAGAGAAAUGUCGUGCUGUGGGGCUUGAAAGUGUCUACAUUUCGAUAAAAGGAAGAGUCCGUUUUAAAGGGAAUUUAUUUCGUUUCUUCAUGCUUUUCCCUAGAGGGUGGCUCUUGUUUGCGGUGGCGAGGUGUCUGUAAUAGUGAGGGGUGCACAGGGCGAGAGUCAACUGUAGAUUAAUCCAAAUUUGGCAUUGUUUCAUUCUCUACUUUAGCUAAAGAUGGUACUGAGUCGGCAUGUGGUAAAAAUACAUAAUGGUUGUUUUCAACGAUGAUCAUGGAGUUACAAUGAAGAUCUAACACUGUUUUACUUCAACAUGACUAUAAUUUGCUGUUUGCACAAGUAUAUCUGUUGUUAUCUUUUCUGUGUAAAGUCAGACACUGAAUUUUGAAAAGCUCUGUAUACCUUUGCUCUCAGGUUCUUCAUCUCUCACCGUCGAUGAUCUUGAGGUAAAGCUAGAUCAAGUAUUUGAGGAAAUUCGGAUGCUGAGAAUGGAAGGUGAAUAGAAAAAUUCAUAUCUUGUCAUUUUUAGGGAGAAACUGAUACAAGAAUGCUAAUAACUGUCCAUAAAGUUUGCUUAGGUUUAAAAAAUAAGCUAAAAUAUUGAAUAGGUAAAAACCAAACAUUUUCAAAACCAGGUCAUCAUCAGGGUGAUGAUGACCUAGUGUUGAAAAUGUUUGCUUUUUAUAUAUUUUUUAAUAUUUUAGCCAUGUAAAUAGCUCAAUGCUAUGAAAUGAAUUCAUAUUUUUCCAGUAAACUCUUUAAGAGAAAUUAUUCCCUAUCUGAGAUAUUAACGUUUUUCUGUCUUUACUUUCAUCCAAGAAUACUGCGAAAUGCUUUCAGCUGUUAUUCAGUAACUUAGUUUUGUUAAAGAAAAUAUUUUCAAUUCAGUUUUGUCUCUUAAUCCACAACCUCAGUUAAAGGAAGUAUCAAAUUGGCUGUUGCAUGUGAUAAUGAAAUAUUACUUAUAGAUUAUUUCACAAUGAUAUAAUGGAAAACUUGCAUUAUUGUUCUUUCACUUGACCUCGAUACAUGUUAUCAUGCUUUAACUUUUUUAUCAGGUGAGGUACUUAGUGCUAAAUAUAUUUCUGUGUACCUUUGCUCUCAGGUAAUUUUUCUGUCCUUAAAUUUUCAACCAUUGAUCUUGAGAAAAAACUAGCUGAACUAGGCAUGGAGCUUCACAGGCUCAGAAUGGAAGGUGAAUAUAAAAUGUUUAUUUAUUCAUUAUCCGAGAGAAAUAAAUCCAAGAAUGCCGUUAAAGGCUUCCACCCCCGUAUCCAAUUAUCACUUUUGAAGGAAAAUUAUUCCUUAUUUAAAAUAAUCUGUUAUCUGAUUUUAUUACUAUUGAUGAAUGCUUCCACUCUUUAUUCAAUUCAUUUAUUUUCAAGGGAAAAUAUUCCCUAGUAAAGAUGAUCCCUCUUCCUUUAUAAUUAUUAAGUGAGAUAAUUAUCUAAUACUUUCAGUUCUUCACAUGAGCCUAGUACAAUGUGAAGUGUUUGUUAAAUGCCUGUUUUUAACCAUUUAUGCGAGGUAAGGCACUGAAUGCUAAAUACAAUGUAUCUCUCUGUUUACCUUUCCUUUCAGGUACUUUGCCACCUCCUGAACUCUUUACUGCUGAUCUUGAAGAUGAACUAGAACAACUUCGACGACUUACUUGGAUACUUCCAGAAAGAAAAAGACAGAAAGGUGAGUGAAACAUGUGUAUUAACUCUGUUGAGCAGGGCAAAAGAAAUAUGGAAAGUGAUGCAAGGAAAUGGUUAUACUAGUAUUUCAGGCUUGAUUUUUUAAGUAACAAGCUGAAAGGUGACACACUUCCUUUUAGUUUGUUAUAAAGGACUCCUAUUAUUUUCUCUCCAAUACCUAAGCCCUGCAUGCAACUUGCAAAAACAUCUGCGCUGCUCAUUACGUGUUGAAGCAUUGGAUAAUGUGUAUUUACUCCAUAUUUAAGAUAACCCCUCUUCUUAUAUAAUGUUAUCAAUCAAGAAUGGUGUUUAAAAAUUCUUUAAACCAUUUUGCUGUUUACUUCUCUCAGGUAGUUCGCGUUCCCUUUCUUCCACCUUUUAUACAGUACAUACACUACGGAAGGAACUUGAGAAAGUCAAGAUGGAAGGUGAAUAAAUAAUGUUCAUUUAGAGAAAAAACGAUUUUAGUAGAAUGCUAUUAAACACUCCCGCUUAUUUAUCGAAGUAUCUUUUUCCAUGGAACUCCUGCACGUGCAGUCUUUUUCUGCAGUAAUUAUUAACAACUGCAAUGCUCAUUACAGAUAUAAGUUACAUUAUUACUUUGGCACCCAGCACUUAGAUGGAGACUAUUUUCACGAAUGGUAAAUCCUGGCGACCCAGCCAUCAGCCGUCAUGUACUAAGGAGACAGCCUCACAUUGCACUAGAAAAAGAAAAUAGUAAAAGAAAGGAAACAAAAGCUCAGGGAAAAGUGAAUUUCUUCUUAGCACGUGUUAAAAAAUAACUGGCUUCUUAAGAUAAGCUCAUGCUGAUCUUAGAAACUUUCAAAUUUUGGUACAUAUGCAAAAUUACAGGUACUGCUUCAUGUUAUGCGUAGUUUCGUGGUGCGUGCUUGCAGUGCACGGGAUUUGCACGCACAUCAAGUGCGCGGUACUGUCGUGAAUCUUGGAUACAACUCUAGCAUUUUAUCAGAAUGCUUAGGCAUUUUUAAUCGUAUCCAUUUACAACCUUGAUGUGUUAAGACCCCGCAAGCGUCAAAUUGUGCUCUAAUUCAGAACAAGGUGUACACAUGCAGUUUUUAAAUUGAGUUUGUGUGUCGAACGUUGAGGAGCCUUUGUGUAAGCCACCUCAGAGUCACGAUGACCACAUCGCGUUACCAGAGGUUAUUAGCAUUUCCAUAUUGCUGCUUCAAUAGUGCAUGUAUUACUAAUGUAUGUCAGUGAACUGUAGUACAUGUAGGAGGGCCUCAAUGGGGCUAACCGUUAACCGUAAUAUAGCGAAAACAUUUUGCCGUUAGUCGUAAAAAUUGACGAAUUUCAACCGUAAGUCUUAACAUAACAUAACUGUUUAUUCACAAUUCAAAUUUUAAUGAAAGGUAAAAAGAAAACAAAAGAGGUUACCCCUUUCAAGUUUGUCUCCUAAAAUAAUUAAAAAUUACAGGAAAAUAGUUAAAAAUUUCCUAGAAAAUAAGUAAAAUGGCGUCUGACCCUGCUCUUGAAAAUGUUCAGAGUUUCUGCCUCUGCAACUAUUUUAGGUAAAUUAUUCCAUUUAUUGACUAUACUUGCACAGAAAGAGUACUUAAAACUGUUUAGCUUUGCGGCCAAUGGUUUAAGUUUAUGGCGAUGGUUGGUUCUUAAUGGUCGAAAAUCAUGUGCAAAUGUAAAAUACUCAAAUAGGUGUAGCUCGUUAAGACUGUUAGCCGUCUUAUAGCACUCAGUAAGCGCAGAAAAUAAUCUUCUCUGAUGUAGAGUUAGCCAUUUACGGACCUUUAAGCGCUCUUCAUAUGACAUAUCUCGGGCAAUGUUUCUGAUUGCAUAUCUAGGUGUUCUGCGUCGUACUUUCUCUAAAAUAGCCGAAUCCUUUUUGAGGUGUGGAGACCACACUGGAGAGAGGUACUGAAGUAUCGGACGUACUGAACUCAUGUAAAAUUUCGAGAACAAUUUAGGAUUCCUGGGGCCCUUUGUUCGACUUAUAAAUCGGAGCACGCUGUUUGCUUUGUUUUCAGGCUCCAUGAUAGAUUUGAUUUGAUGUGAAUUCCAAGAUCCUUAACUUAUUUAUUGAUUUAAGGAUUUGUACAAAGCAGGACCGAAGCAAAAACAAUAGGACAUAAGUUCCCUACUAGGUUUAACUCCAACCCAACCCCCUUCUAAAAUAACUUAAUAAUAUAAAUAGACUAAAUAGGCUGCUUAACAAGUGCACGCAACAAGGGUAUUUACCCGGCGACAUUUAGGACAAAUUAUUUUAAAGGUAAGAAAGUAGUCGCCAUCAAACACGUUGAAAAGUCUCUUGAAAUAAAACGACUUAAGUUUACGCUUAAAAGAGUCAAUAGACUCAGCCUGCCUAACAUUAUUAGGUAUAUUGUUCCACAAAUUUUCUAUCCUAUUAAAAUAGAAGUCCCGAAAUGUUGAUGUAUGAUUUUUAUUAAUCUUAAAGUUCAGCUCUGAGCACGCUUGACGCAUCUGACUCGUAACAAAGGAAAAAUAGUAAUUAAAUGAACAAGUUAGAUCAAUAUGACCAUGAAGACAUUUAAAAAAGAAAACUAAGUCGAGAUAUUCAAGCCAGUAAUUAAGCGGCAAUAACUUCAGUUUGAUUAAGCGAUCCUCAUGAGAUAAGUUACUACUAUUUCUUUUUAGUAUAAAGCGUGUGGCUCUUUUUUGCACAUUUUUAACUAAGAAUAAAUUGCUGAUAACAGACUGAGGUGCCCAUAACUGAGAGCUAUAGCAAAAGUGCGAACACACUAAUGAACAGUAAAGACGCAACGGCGGAACACUGCCAACAAUUCCUGCGCAGCUCCUUCUAAUAAAGCCCAGUAACCUAUUUGCUUUAGCAACUAUCACGAGUAUAUGAUCCUUCCGAGAGGUGUCAUUUACGAGCACUACCCCCAAAUCUUUUUCAGUAGAGACAGCCUCCACAUCUAUACCAUUUAUACUAUAGCUACGAUAUGAACUAAUACGCUUCCUAGAUAUACGCAGAUUACUGCACUUUGUAGGCUGAAAAUACAAUUCAUUUGACAAGGACCAAGUUGUAAGCGAAACUAAAUCCUGCUGCAAUUUCGAAAAAUCAGCAUCAUUAUUUAUGAUCCUAUAACAUCUAGAAUCGUCAGCAAACAUAGCCAGCGUCGCACUAUUAAUUACAUUUGGCAUGUCAUUUACAAAUAAUAAAAAGAGAAUCGGUCCUAGAAGUGACUCCUGGGGUACACCUGACCCAAUGCCAGUCCAAUUACUGAAAGUUUCAUUUGUAACCACUCUUUGACGCCUUCCAGUUAGGUAUGAGUAAAACCAGGCGAGUAGGGAAUCAUCGAUUCCAAACGUUUUUAGCUUCAACACGAGCUUUGCCGGGCGCACAGAAUCGAAAGCCUUGGCAAAGUCCAUGUAAAUUAUGUCUGAUUCUAGCCCGCGGUCCAGUGCAUGACCAAUGUCAUAGAAUACUUCAAUAAGCCGAGUAACGCAAGACUUGACCUUUUGAAAACCAUGUUGAAAAGGAUACAAGAUCUUCUUAACGUGAGAGACAAGGCGCGAGGCCACACACCGCUCCUGAACUUUAGAGAUCACUGGAAGUAACGACACGGGGCGAUAAUUUUCGAUAAACUCUCUUUUCCCUCAAAAAUAACGUUAGAUUACAAAGAGUUAACCAAAGAAAUAUUUCUUUUAAACUCCCUAACAGGAAAAAGUUAGCCCUAAUAUGGCCAAAAUUUUAACCGUUAGCCGCAAAAGCCAUCACCCCAUUGAGACCCUCGUGUAGCUCGUGUAUUAAAGAACUUUUGCAUGAAUGUUCCAUGUCGGAAACGAUCGACAAAACGUGUUGGUGGUAUCUUUAAAUGAUAAAUUUAAAUUUGAUCCCAAGCUUGUCCGUGGUCUUUCACAGUUAAUGACAACAUUGACUCUUGCGUUGUCUUUUAAGUAGUUCCUCAUUUUAAUAAUUUCUCUGAACUGAGAAUGUGACCUUUAGUACUAAAACAGUUUGUGUCUUUUUGUGUCCUUCAUGAUAGCAUUAGAGAACGCCAUGUAUCCGACCAUUAGAUCAGGACUGGCGAAGUUUGAUGUCAGUUUACCCGAGGAACUCCAGAGCUAUGUCAGCUACUUAUUAAAUGAGUCGGCCAAACUUGUUUUACGCAAGCAAGGUACUUAACAUUGUUAAAAUAAGCUGUAUUGGCUUUGAAACAUACGUCCAGUUAUCUAUAUUCGGUGGUAAGACUAUUGAGAAAUGCUAGGUUUGUGUAAUGGUCAAGGAAUUUUUCUUUUAACCCAGAUUUGUGAUAUUGUGUUGGGGUUUUUCAUUCUCAGUAGACCUGGUACCUUUAUAUAAUCAUCAAAUGACCUGCGCGGUCUUAUGCCCGUUCUUAAUAAUAAUAAUAAUAAUAAUAAUAAUGUUUAUUUCUUAUAUUGCGCAGUCUAGCAUGCGAUAAAGAUAUGAUCGAGUGCGCAUUACAACACUAAAAUCUUAAAGUAGAAAAUAAGAAAAAAAAAAUAAGAAAAAAAAAAAGAUUUAUAAAUAAACCCCUUAAUGAAGGCCAUGCGCGGUUGCGCUGGCGGGGGCAUUAAAAGCUGCAGGGCCAAGCGUGCGUCCACGUGAGAAGAAAGUAGAAUGAGAAGAGCGGCGUUCAUGGAAUAAAAAUCUGAUUGACUGAGUAAGAUCAGGCCGGACCGACAUAACCCUUCUACUCGGUCCAUAAGUGCAUAGAAUUCUGAUGUUAAAGCUGGUCGCUUUUGUGGUGUAACCUAAGUACUUUAUGAUCGUAUUCUCAAGAAAAAGACGUCUUUUUCAAUUUAUCAACACUAGUACUUCGUUGUUAUGUUUGCAAAGUGAAAACAAUUUUUUUUCUCUUGUGUUCUUGAAAAUGUUCUGAAACUUUAACACCAGAUUUGGAAAAAAACAACAACAACAACAACUUCUCUCUCAGGCAUUUUCGACUCUAAGAGUUUUAGAUUACUAGUGGGGGAAAAGAUAAUAUUGGAAUAAAACUUUAUGACAAUGAUUUACAACUUCGCAAAUGAUUUGCUGACAUUUUAAGACUUCUUGGAAAAGAAAAAGAAAAAAGGUACUGUCCGUCUCCAUGUUUUCCCAACUGGUUUCCUUUGACUUGGGAUGAUUCAACAAUAAGUCGAAACGCGGAGACUCGAAAUUAUUUUUGUGUCCAAUUUGCCUAAGUAUUUUCUGUGGUUUGUCAGUUUUUAGACAAAAACAAUGUAAAGGUAGUUUUCAAGUAAAAAAUUAAUAUUUCUUUUGUUUUAAUCCUUUAGUACCCCAAUCACCUCGUGCCUUGGAGGAAUUACGAGAAGCAAUGGAUCAAGACGAAUUGAAAACAUUCCUUGCUAUUCACAUCAGAGAAGUUGCAUGGCAAGUGGUGCUGCUGUUUACGGAUGAGCUCCCCCGCGUAGAACUACCAUGGGAAUGCUACGAGGACGAGGACGAGGACGAGGAGGUGUUUAUUGAAGUGAUAUACAGUUCGAAGUCAGGCAUAUUGAAUGGGUGGCCAACAGAGUACGACCCUGCUUUGGUAACACUGUGUAACGCGAUCACCAACAGGGACUGGAAAGUAGCCAGAUUAAUCCUCUGUUGGAGGCAGAUAUCUGAUGCAGGUUUGAAGAACCUGAGUGCAGCGCUUACUCAGAGUGAACUUUACAGCUUGACACUGUAUCACAUUGGUUUACAAAGUCAAGGAUUAGAACACCUGUGUACCGCGCUAACCAGCGUUAACUGCACGUUAACCAGCUUAAACGUCAGUGAAAAUUGGUUAGGAGACGUAGGAAUAAUGCACUUGUGUAACGCGCUAACCAGCGUUAACUGUACAUUAACCAGCUUAAACGUCAGUAACAAUGAGUUAAGAGACGAAGGAAUCAUGCACUUGUGUAACGCGCUAACAAGCGUUAACUGUACAUUAACCAGCUUAAACGUCAGUAACAAUUGGUUAGGAGACGAAGGAAUCAUGCACUUGUGUAACGCGCUAACAAGCGUUAACUGCAGAUUAACAGGCUUACUCGUCAGUUACAUUGAGUUGAGAGAGAAUGGAUUGAAAUACUUGUGUGAUGCACUGACCAGCAGUAAUUGUACUUUAACCAAGUUAAAAGUCCGUUUUAAUGGAUUAGGAGAUGGAGGAAUAAAAGAAUUGUCUGAAGUUUUAACCAACGAGUUCUGUACCUUAACAAGUUUAGACAUAAGUUACAAUGAAUUUGGAAAGGAAGGAAUCAAGCACCUGUGUAAGGCCUUGACUGAUACCAAAUGCAAACUACAGAGCUUAAACCUUCAGGGAAAUCGGUAUGGGACAGAUGAUGGAAAAAAAUAUUUGUUUCAAAUGUUAACUGGUACUGACUGGGAAGUUAAAGGAGCUCUACGACUUUUCCGUUCAACUAAAAAGUAGACCAAGGAACAUGUCAGUGGCACAAAGCUCUGACAGGUUCCUCCUGUUACGUUUCGCUUGUCAUGAAAUAAAUUCCAUUUUUAUGAAUGACAAUUUAAAGAUUAUUGUUCAAGGUGAUUAAUUAGAUAACUGACCUUGUAGUCACUAUCACUUGUUGAACGGAGUAUUAAAAAUGACCAGCAGUGAGGCAGUCGAAACAUCGCGAUCAAGAAUUGAGAAAUGACUCAGUAUCAUGACACAAAUGAUUAUUUAACGUUCAUUAUUCGAUAGACGAAUUUCUCUGUGUUAAAAAAAUAGGCUAUAAAUGCAACUGCAAUUUCGUAUAACGGGUCUGUUGGCAAUAAUGUUGUUACUUUUGUAACAAAAAGUUUUAAACUACAGACAAUAGGUUAUACUGGUGAUUUAGCUGCAAUAAGAUGCCAAAAAUAUUGAAAUAAGAGAGAUGACAAGUUUUGAGCUCGGUAAAGAAAUAGAGAAAGAUAUUUUCUUCGCCUUGUCACGAGCGAGGGACAAAGGAAAAGUUCUGAGUCCCCAUGUCAUAUGAACUUCAUAAUAGACCUCACUUACCUCGGAGUCUCUGUGGCUCAGAGGUAGAGUAUCAGACCGCGGAAUCCAAAGGUCUGAGGUUCCAUUCCUCAUGGGAACUUUUUCUUGUCUCGUAACAAGACGAAAAAAAACAUCUUUCUCAAUAUUGAAUUAUUUUUUUAUAACUUAUGUAAUGAAUAUCGUUGUCUUCUAAGAGAAAACUUUUAAAAGGUCUGUAUGAACUAGUGACUUAUAAAUAAAGUAACAACAUAUUUUCUCAAUUUUUAGUGGCUUUCAAUUUUUAGUUGGUGGAUUCCAAGAGUGUAAUGUUUAAGCUUAAACGAAAUAUACUUGGACAAAAAGGAAUAUUUUGUUCUGCCUUGUUCGUUUUCGAAGCCAAAUGUAGGCGUUGUACAACCAAUUGUACACUCGUUCAAAUGAGUUUAUUUGGACUUUACAUAAGUCAUUUACGCAAAGCUGUACUCUAACUCGGAAUUUUUUUUCAUCUGAGCUAAUGAUUUUAUGAAGAGCAGAGUUAUGUAUUACUCUAAAAUUACACAUUAAUGCUAGGAAAUUGUUUUACGGGUUACGUACUCCUUAUAAUGUAUAAUCUCUUUUUCAGUUUACUGUAAUAGUUCAGAAUGUAAUCUAAUAGAUAGUGUGUAAGUUAUUGUUCCAAAAUUCUCAACUCUCUGUAGAAAUCAUAUUUUACAUAUAUAUUAUAUAUUUUUUAAAGGACCACACUAAACUGCGAACUUUUUUAACCAAGGACAUUGAAUAUGUGCAAGGACUGCAGUU